GUAAUCCCAGCCCCCAAUUUAACGGCAUGCCUCUGGAGGUCUCCCCUGCCAAUCUCCUCCGUCAAGCUCGCCAAGGAGUUCAUGGCACUCCGCCAAAUCUACCACCGCCACGACGCCAGCCUCCACUCCUCUUCCUCCAGGUUCGUCGGCGCCCCCAUCCCCCGCCUCUUCAAGCUUCCCCCGGCGCUGCCGCUGCCGCGUCCGCCACGGUGCGAGCUUGGCGGCGGCGGCGAAAGCGAAGAGGAGAGAAGGAAGGAUGCAGACAAGGGGCGGAGGAAGGAGGGAGUGACGCUCGACGACGUCAAUCCGGUGGGGCUCGGCCGCCGGUCGAGGCAGAUCUUCGAUGAGGUAUGGCGCAAGUUCUCGGGGCUUGGCCAGAUCUCCCGAUCCCGCACCGAAGAGGACGAUAGCAUUCUCCUCAUUCGUGGUCCCAUGUGCGAGUUCACCGUACCUGAGGCGCAGGACACCACCGUCCUUGUCGUCGGCGCCACCAGCCGCAUCGGCCGGAUUGUUGUCCGGAAGCUCAUGCUCCGGGGCUACAAGGUGAAGGCUUUAGUAAGAAAAGCUGAUCCAGAAGUUAUAAAUAUGCUUCCAAGGUCUGUAUCAAUUAUAGUUGGUGAUGUGGGCGAACCUUCAACAUUGCAAGCUGCUGUCCAAGGUUGUAACAAAAUAAUCUACUGUGCAACUGCACGGUCUACUAUUACUGGGGACUUAAACAGAGUUGACUACCAAGGAGUUUGCAAUGUCACAAAAGCUUUUCAGGAUUAUAGCAAUCAACUAGCGCAGAUGAGAGCUGGUAAGAGUAACAAAAGCAAACUCUUGCUUGCUAAGUUUAAAUCUGCCGACUCAUUAGAGGGUUGGGAAGUUCGGAAAGGAGCCUACUUUCAGGAUGUAGUUGCAGCCAAAUAUGAUGGAGGAAUGGAUGCAAAGUUUGAAUUCACAGAGACCGGCAAUGCUAUCUUCUCCGGAUAUGUUUUUACUCGAGGAGGUUAUGUCGAACUUUCGAAAAAAAUUUCCCUUCCAUUGGGCUCCACCCUUGAUAGGUAUGAUGGUUUGGUAUUAUCUGUCGGAGGCAAUGGAAGGUCAUAUAUAAUGAUACUUGAGACUGGUCCACUGGCUGAUACUUCUCAAAGCAAAUUAUAUUUUGCUCGAAUAAACACAAAAGUGGGCUUCUGUAGGGUAAGAGUUCCAUUUUCAUCUUUUCGUCCUGUGAAACCAGAUGAUCCUCUGUUAGACCCCUUCCUUGUGCAUACAUUGACAAUUCGUUUUGAACCAAGAAGACAGAGAUCUGUUGAAGCACCUGUUAAUAAACAGCAAGAUCCCCGAAGCUUCAAACUGAUCAUGGAGUACAUAAAAGCCUUACCUACUGGCACGGAAACUGACUUUAUAUUGGUUUCAUGCACUGGAUCUGGAAUUGAAUCAAACAGAAGGGAUCAGGUCCUUAAAGCCAAAAAGGCCGGUGAGGAUGCGCUAAGAAGAUCAGGCCUUGGAUACACAAUCAUUCGCCCUGGUCCUCUGAAGGAAGAACCCGGUGGGCAGCGGGCACUGAUAUUCGAUCAAGGGAAUAGGAUCUCUCAGGCCAUCAGCUGUGCUGAUGUAGCAGAUAUAUGUGUUAAGGCGCUACAUGAUUCAACAGCAAGAAACAAGAGUUUUGAUGUGUGCUAUGAGUUUGUAGCUGAGCAUGGAAAUGAGCUUUAUGAGUUGGUGGCACACUUGCCUGACAAAGCUAAUAACUAUCUAACUCCAGCCUUGUCUGUUCUAGAGAAAAAUACUUGAUGUCGCACUGUGGAUAGAGGUGAUCAAAACCUCCCAAAGAAGACUCCGGCUUAUUUCAUCCGCUUCAUAUAUUUCACGAAGCCUUCGCUGCUCCCGCUUCAUUCUCCCAUCCGUCGUUCGGGAGGGAACUGGAUGGCGCAACUCCAAACCCUACGAUCCUGUUUCCGCGCUUUCGCCUUCAAUUCGGGUGAGCUAUGGCCGGAAAGCACUGCCGGAGGUUGGGCGACGGCGAUCGUCACGCUUCUGCUCAUCUCCUGGCAGCUCCUCCGACUCCUAUCUUCCCGGAGGAUCCCGAGGGCCUCCACCGCUCGGGCUUCGUUGGAAGACUCGACGUUGACGGAGAGUUCGGAAGGAGGUUCUCCGUCGGG